CUCCUCAGUUUUGUAACCGCUACGCAGAGGAACGCACGUACGCGGCUGUAUGUGUAGUUCCGUGGACGCAAUAAUUUUCGAAAAAAAAAACUUUUUGGCGCGAGUGUAAAAUUAAAAAGUUAUGGAGUGCCUAAGGAUUGUAUUGUUUACGCUCGUCUUAGUCCUCAGUCUGCUCAUCUCGGCAGAUUCAACAGUUCCUCAGCCAAGGGCACCGAAUUUCCAGUAUUUUGAGAGGCCAAAAUACCGGUAUCCGUACUACGACGAAAACGGGCGAGGAAAGCUCCUAUACGGCUACGGAGGCCCUGAGCUGUACCAGUACAAGUCCUAUUCGCCUUUGGAAGGGAUCCAUUGACACCAAAAAUCUUUGUAUAUGAUGACGUAAAAUUCUACUACACUUAUGGAAGAAAUGAUGUAGACUAUUAAACUGGGCAAAAUAAUAGAAUCAAUGUUUUUUAUUAUUUAUAUUUAAACCCCUACAGUAAUAUUACUUCAGAAUCAAUGGAAAAAAAUAUUUUAGACAUAGCAUUGUUUCAUAUUUGAAACAAUAGGGACUUGAAAGUCAGGCUACAUUUUAAUUUUACAUAGUUACUAGCU